AUGCCACCGAGUCCUCCGCUAACUUUUGGCGAACGAGUGAUGUUUCACCUCAAAUCUGAUGACGACUUUCGCACAGCUGUAGAUGCAUUUAUGGUUUCGUUCGCUAUAGUGGGAACGGUCUCAGCCUCUUCAAACUUUCUGCUAGGCAUUAUAUCAAUUCUUCCUACACUUCUAGCUGCGUAUUUCAUAGCUAGGCGUCGUCUUAAUAAGUCUAUUCUGAUGCCAGCUGCCUUUUUGGGAUGUGCGGUGGCGGUAAACCUGGCGUAUACAGUGUCCCACGAAGGAGAGGUUUGGGAGCAUCCAACCCGAUAUUUCGUCUUCGUAUUCCUUUUCCAUUUCACUGAAUUUGUCUUCACUGCACUAACAAAUCGACGUUCUCUACGACCUGAUUCAUUCCUCUUGAAUCAUUCUGUCGGCUAUUGGCUCGCCGCCGGAAUAAGUUGGAUUGAGUUCUCCGUUGAAGCGUAUCUGUUUCCUGGCAUGAAAUGCUACUCAAUUCUCUGGAUUGGAACGAUUGGAUGUAUCAUUGGAGAAGUUUGCAGAAAGUUGGCGAUGGUUCAUGCUGGUCUCGGAUUCACUCAUCGACUGGCAAUGACAAAACGUUCGGAUCACCGGCUUGUGAAGGAUGGAAUUUAUGCGUACAUGAGACAUCCAGGAUAUUUCGGUUGGUUCGUUUGGGCCGUCUCUACUCAACUGAUCCUCUGUAAUCCAAUUUGUGUCAUCGUCUACGCCUAUGUGACGUGGCAUUUCUUCGCUUCGCGUAUCUAUGACGAAGAAAAAGAUCUGAUCGCAUUCUUUGGUGAUUCUUACACAGAAUAUCAAGAAACUGUGUGGGUUGGUGUCCCAUUUGUCCGCGGAUAUCAACGACCAUAA